UGCCACUUUGAACCUCGUUGCGAGAAAUGCUGGAAGCUCUAUGUUGACUAACUGAAUUCAGUCCACAAUUUUCCGAAGCGUAGUCAGGUAACAGAAACGCGCCACAUGGUAUCUUGUAAUAAUACUAUUCAUUAAAAGCGAAGUGAUAUCCAUGUUCUGUAUACAGCUUCCGAAGUCAAACUCGGACUUGGAUCACAGAAGCUGGAUGCUGGAUGCAUUGCUUGCUGCAUUGUCGGUGGCAUUGCUUCUCUGGUUUCGUGACAAAGUCAGAAAUAAACAGCUCAGCCCCAUGAGGCGACAGUUUGAUCGAGCAGCUCUCCCACGCACGCAACCAUUUGUAUGGCUCGCUCGGGAUAUAGUGGGGGUCUUCGGGGUAAGCUCCGAAGAGAAAGGCCCGGAUGCCAAACAAGCGAAGUGCAGUAGUUGACCGGCGGUAUAUCUUCGCAAGUGCGGGGUGUCAG